AUGCCCGCUAUAUCAGUCCGCAAAGGCUCUCUGAGCUCCGUUGGUAAAGCCGAAAUCAUUACGCCAGAGCAAGUCAAAGGUGCUGGCGCGGAUGUUCAUAUUUUUGGUGGACAGGAGGCGUCCCCGGACCUGCAGUCUAAACCGCCCUAUGAGCCGAACUACCUCGCCUGCUACAAUGCCACCGAGUCCCCUGUACCCCAGGAGGAGCGCUACUGUGUGGUGAAAAGCCCUGGACUGGAGGUGGUCAAGGCCGCCGUCGAGGAAGCUAUUCGACGCAAUAAAUCACUGGACGAAGCUGGCAAGGACUGGACCGGUGGUAAUAUUCUUGUGGAAUACGGAGUGGUGGAAAGCGCCUCAAAUUGGCACCCAGAGCUUGCGAAGGACAAAAAGGAUCGAUCUGCUUAUGCAAAGGAGGGUUUGAAGAAAAUGGACCUAUCUGAAGUGUGGUUCGAACAUUUCUCCUAA